UACUCUUUUGCCUUGAAUAAAGUCAAAUAAAAAACAACCCAAUGAGCAUCUGUAUCUGAGAAAUCGAUCAAUCAAACGUAGAACUUUCACUACUCUCUCGUCAAAAUUAAGAACCUUCCCCUUACUCGCCGCCACUUAUCAAUUAUCAUCAACUUAAUCCAAACGCGCUUUCUUUUCACACACUCCACAAAUUACUCUCUCUAGGGUUUCCAAUUCCCAAUAAAAAAAUAAAACCCCAAAAUUCCCUCAAAACAUGUUAUCACACCCCUAGGGUUUCCAAUUUCCAUCAACGUCACGAUUCACAAAUUCACAAUCAGUGUAUGCAAUAAUCGUUAACCAUAAGAACUAGAAGAAGAAGAAGAAGAAGAUGUAUAGCAAUUUCAAGGAGCAAGGAAUAGAAUACGCGAAACAAGCUGUACAAGAGGAUAAUGCAGGAAACUACGCAAAAGCGUUUACUUUAUACAUGAACGCGUUAGAGUAUUUCAAAACGCAUCUCAAGUAUGAGAAAAACCCUAAAAUCAAAGAAACUAUUACUCAGAGAUUUACUGAUUAUCUUCGUCGUGCUGAGGAGAUCCGUGCUGUGCUUGAUGAUGGUGGACCAGGACCUGCUUCUAAUGGAGAUGCUGCUGUUGCAACGAAGCCGAAAACGAAGCCGAAGAAUGGUGGUGAGGGAGAUGGAGAGGAUCCUGAGCAGAGUAAGUUGAGAGCUGGGUUGAAUUCGGCGAUUGUGAGGGAGAAACCGAAUGUGAAGUGGAAUGAUGUUGCUGGGUUGGAAAGUGCGAAGCAAUCUUUGCAGGAAGCGGUUAUCUUGCCUGUGAAGUUUCCUCAGUUUUUUACUGGUAAAAGACGACCUUGGAGGGCGUUUUUGUUGUACGGACCACCUGGAACAGGUAAAUCAUACUUGGCCAAGGCUGUUGCAACUGAAGCUGAUUCUACAUUUUUCAGUGUUUCUUCAUCGGACCUUGUUUCAAAGUGGAUGGGUGAAAGUGAAAAGCUGGUUUCAAACCUUUUUGAAAUGGCUCGCGAAAGUGCACCUUCCAUCAUAUUUGUUGAUGAAAUAGAUUCUCUAUGUGGUACGCGUGGAGAAGGCAAUGAGAGUGAGGCUUCAAGGCGAAUUAAAACUGAACUCCUGGUGCAGAUGCAGGGUGUUGGACACAAUGAUCAGAAAGUUCUUGUUCUUGCAGCAACAAAUACACCUUAUGCUCUAGACCAGGCAAUAAGGCGACGUUUUGAUAAGCGUAUAUACAUUCCACUGCCAGAUUUGAAGGCUCGCCAACACAUGUUCAAGGUCCAUCUAGGAGAUACUCCCCAUAAUUUGACUGAAAGUGAUUUUGAACACUUGGCUCGCAAGACAGAGGGGUUUUCAGGUUCAGAUAUAUCUGUCUGUGUGAAGGAUGUUUUAUUUGAACCUGUUCGUAAAACCCAAGAUGCCAUGUUUUUCUUUAAGAAUCCGGAAGGUAUGUGGAUACCAUGUGGACAGAAGCAACAAAAUGCAGUACAAAUUACAAUGCAGGAUCUUGCCACAGAGGGACUUGCUUCAAAGAUCCUCCCACCACCUAUAUCAAGAAUUGAUUUCGACAAAGUACUUGCUAGACAAAGGCCUACAGUAAGCAAAUCCGACCUUGAUGUUCAUGAGAGAUUCACAAAGGAGUUUGGAGAGGAAGGUUAAUGCUGAUGGAUUUUAUCUCAAAGAUUCACACUUGUUUAAACUUAUUGUUAUAAUCCGUAUAACUUGUAAUUUACUGAGCUAUUGGAUCAAGUGAACUGAAUCUUUUUUAUUGGUUAUAUGGUGGAUGUGAAUUCCCCUCUUGUACGGAAGUGAAUUACUACUAAAUUGUGUAUAAAAAAAGAAUCUGAAAUACUCAGAAAAAUAAUUUUUAUGUGAUGUUGGUUGCUUA